GUGAGGAGGAGGAGGAGGAGGAGACACCGCAUAGGCCCAGAAACAACGGUGAAGCUCCGGCUGAUCGCUGCUCACUCUCACCUCCUCACUUGGACAGAGAAUCGGAAUCGAACACGUUACUCUGAUCAGCGGGGGGUGUUGUUUUUGUAAAGAACUGGCGGUAAAGGUAUGAUGACAGACAGACACACUCUGAUCAGAAAGCAUGGGGCUCAGUGGAAAGGGACAACAGAGCCACAGGAUGGUGAUCUUUGUUGUCAUCCUCGUCCUGAUGACAAUCCUCUUCCUGUACGGCUCCAACAAUGUCAGCAGUGACGUCUUUACCCCCAUGCACUUGGCCGUUAAUAACCUCCUCAAGAACUCAGACCUGAAGAAGUGGGCUGGGAAAGAAGGCUACGUGCAAUUUCAUGGGAACAAGAACAUGAACCUGCACUGCAAUACCUGCGCGCUGGUGACAAGCUCCAGCCAUGUGUUGGGGAGUCGAGCGGGAGAAGAGAUCGACCGCGCGGAGUGUGUGAUUCGUAUGAAUGACGCUCCUACGCUGGGGUUCGAGGCGGAUGUGGGCAGUCGGACUUCCCUGAGGGUCGUGGCCCACUCCAGCGUGUUCAGGGUGGUCCGGAGGCCCAACGAGUUCUUGCAUCGCAUGGACAACAACCCGGUGAUCAUAUUCUGGGGACCCCCGAGCAAGAUCGGGAAGGAGGGCAAAGGGACUUUGUACAGACUGAUCCAGAGAGUCAGCAUGACCUACAGUAACUUGUCGUGUUUCAGUAUCGUACCCAGCAAGAUGCGCUGGUUCGACAGUCUCUUUCAUAAGGAGACAGGACGGGACAGACAAAAAUCUCACUCGUGGUUGAGCACAGGCUGGUUCACAAUGGUCAUCGCCAUUGAGAUAUGCGAUAACAUAACAGUAUAUGGGAUGGUUCCACCCAAUCACUGUGGAAAAAAACCUGGAUCCAAGAAGAUUCCCUAUCACUAUUACAAACCCAGGGGGCCUGAUGAAUGUGUCACUUACAUACAGAGCGAGAAAAGUCGGAAAGGAAACCACCACCGCUUCAUUACAGAGAAGCACGUGUUUGCACGCUGGGCAAAGCAGUACAACAUCACCUUCACUCACCCCGACUGGUGAACACACAGAAAACCCUUUAAGAGGUCUCUCUGCCCUCACGGAGGAAUGACCGAGUACCGAGGGGUGGAUGAUGUUUGUUGACUUCCCCGAUUGGGCCUUCAAAUCACUACGUGAUGGACGACUGCUCUUGGGGGGGAAAACGGAAUGAUUGCCGAGAUAUAAUGAAAUGUGCUCCGCCGCCAAAACUCACUUUCGAGAGGUUUCUGAAACACUGUGCGUAUCGUCCCCAUUGACACGUGGCAGUCGUGUUUUUGUAGAUAGAAAAGAAACUGAUUUUAAAGAUUGAUUUUUACAUGUUUAUAAUAUUUUGGUUAUGUAUCGGAAAUGCACUGUUUCCCGUGUUGAAGUGGGAGUGUAUAUAACUGAUCGCAUUAGCUAUGUCAAUAAGUGGCUGACAAAAUACUCUAUAUAUAGCCCUUAUUUGUCCAUUAUACAAUAUAGAAUAUAUAUAUAUACACUAUAGUAACUGCAGUGAUACAAUUUUUUUUGUAACAGUUCCUAAAUCAGUACCAAAAAACAUCUACAUACGUCUCAUUUGAAUUAUGACCCCAAUGUUCUUAAAUGGUUUAAAAUAUAGCAUCUGUAUGUUGAAAUUAGUUUUGAAUUGGCAAAAUAGUUUAUAUGAAUAUGUAAACAUGACUUAAUCUGACCACGGGUCUAAUUAAUAAUUCAGUUUUUUAAUCUUGUUGCUAUGGAAACACAAAACUGAACAGAUGUAAAUAUCAGGUGAUAACAGAGUGAGGAUAAAACACAUUGGUUUACUGAAGUUUAUUUAGAUUGAUACAACAGUUACAGUUACAAAACUGUUAGCACGUCUAUCAUUGGUGUUUUGUAAUAUUCUGACAUACAUGUGCCAGAAAGUAAAAUUCAGAAAUCAAUUUCUGCAGAUACAAAUGUUACUUUUGUUUAAAUGUUGAUAAACCCUGAAUUAGAAAUUAGCACUUUUUUUGUUGCCUCAGAUGUUGAUUUGGACGUUUUGCACAGUUCAUAAACCCCCUGCCUCAUAUUUUAAAUGUUUUAAUUUUUUAAAACCUCAAUGGCAUUCCAGCGCAUGAGACUUAAUUUCAAAUAUAUCAUGGCCUUGUUAAGUGUUGGUAUGUUGCUCUUAGAACUGCACGAUUAAACUGAAAGUUACGUUACAAUUUGUAUGUAAAACAUGAUGGAGAGAAGGCUGGGAUUUCUUAAACAGUGUUGCCUUUUGCAAGUAAUCCAACCACUCAGAUAUACUGAAUCUGCUGGUGAGGCUUGUUUCACAACGCUUGACUGGUUUUGAUCAGAAGCCUUGUACUUGUGAAUCUAUUGGUCAGCAAUAAAUAGACAACAUAUACUUGAUCUGUGGUGCUCCUGUAUCAAUGCUAAAUUUGUAAAAGUUAAUAUCUACACCACAGAAGAUGGCAACUUAAACUCCCAAGGUUUCUGGAUGACGCAAAAGCUCGGUUUUUAGUAUUAUGUCCAACUAAUUUAUUUAAAUAAAGAGUAAACCAAGUCUUAAACAAUUGUGUUGAGUCCACAUAUGUCUCUAAAAUGGUUUCUAACAUUUAUCUUCAGGAAGGGGAAAAAGGAAAUGGUAAAAGGUGCAGAUGUUUGCAGCAUGCAUCAGGAAGACAAUCAAAGAGCUGCAAAGACCUGCAGUUCUGUAGAAAGUUAGAAUUGUCAGAUGUGACUAAAAGCAGAUGCACCACUCAAAAUCUCCAAUUCAUUUCAAAGGUGUUUGGCCUGUUUGCUCAGAAACCUAAAGAAGACUGGUGUUAAUUGAUGAUGUUGACAUGUUGUGCUGGUCUCAACAGUUUUUCAUGAAAUGUUCUGUACUGUAUAAAACCAAGUAUCUGCUUUGAAACAAAUACAAGUCAGUUCAAACUCAGAGAAAGUAGCUGUAUCUGUACAAUAUGUUGAGUCAUUUAGAAAAAUACAGAAUGGUAACUCAAUAGCAACACACGGAGAAAUCUGAUCUGGUGUACAGCAAUGACAGCACCCGGUGCAGUGAUCUGUGGAUUUGAGACAAUGGCUGUUUCACAGUAGACUCUGCUGUAAUUUUGAUUUAACAACUCUGUGACACCAUUAAGAUGAUUAAACAUCUACAAACAUG